AUGCAGGUCAAAAAUAUUCUUCCCCUGGCCCUGGCCAGCGCUGCACUUGCCCAGAGCACGCAAAGCUUGACGGCAGCUCUGGCUUCUCAGAACUCGAGCUUGUCAUCUCUCACAGCGCUUCUCGGUACCCAGCCGGCUCUGGUCGAAGCUCUCUCCCAAGCACAAAACAUCACCAUCCUGGCACCUAGCAAUGCCGCCCUCGAGGCAUUCCUCGCAAGCCCCGGUGCUCAGGGUGCUGCGACCAACCCCGGCCUCGUUGCCGCAAUUCUCCAGUAUCACGUCCUGAACGGCACCUACUACGCCUCCAACUUCACCGAAGAGCCCCAAUUCAUUCCCACCCUGCUCUCUAACGAGACCUACACCAAUAUCACCGGCGGGCAGCGCGUCCAGGCUCAGACUGUAGGAGGCAACGUCACCUUCUACUCUGCCCUGAGAGAAAACUCGACCGUCACGGCCGGCAACGUCAACUUCACCGCUGGCACGAUUCAUAUUAUUGACAAGGUCUUGAGCGUUCCCCAGCCGAUUCCCGCCACCCUUCAGGCAGCCAACCUCACUGCUGCUUUGGGCGCUGUCCAAGCCGCAAACGUCGGCCCUGCUCUCACCGCCGCCAAGGAUUUGACAAUCUUCAUCCCCAACAACGAGGCCUUCCGCUCCAUUGGAAACCUCACCGCCAACCUGACCGCCGCGCUGCCCAGCAUCCUCCAGUACCACGUCGUCGCCGGCGCUGUCCUGUACAGCCCUGACAUCACCAACACUUCAUUGACCACCCUCAACGGCGGAAACAUUACUAUUCGUGUCAUCAAUGAGACUGUUUACGUCAACGAGGCCGAGGUUCUCAUUCCCAACGUCCUCGUCGCCAAUGGUGUCGUUCACGUCAUUGACAACGUCUUGAACCCCAACAACACUUCCGUGGAGCCCGACACCACUGUUUCUACCCGCAUGCCCGCGUACACUGGCGCUGGCACCGCCACCGACGGCAGCAACCCCUUCACCAGCGGCAUCACCGGCCCCACCUCUACUGCCCCGCUUGCCACUGAGACUGGUGCCAACAACGGUGGUGGUGUCCGUUCCACCUCCUCCAGCACUGAGGCUGGUCCCAUGCGCACCGCUGCUGUCGGCGCCGCUGCCCUCUUUGGUGGCAUGGCUGCCUACAUGAACAUUUAA